UGCUUAUGAAAGUUCACCUGUGAAGCACCUCGCAUCACUCGAAAGCACAAGCGCCUUCCAGAUGGCUUCAGUCGUUGCCGCUGUCAUGCUGUGCUCAGCUUUCCUAGCGCCAACCUAUGCCCAAGGUGCCGAGCAGAAUGCUCGGGCUAACAACGGUUUCAGCGUUGCGCUCUUCAAGGAACUCUGUUCGAAGGCGGCCGACCAGAACGUCUUCUUUUCACCAGCGAGCAUCAGCAUCGCCUUGGGAAUGCUCUACGCCGGAGCUGCGGGCAAGACCCUCGAGGAGUUAUCUUCUGUUCUGGGACUCUCGGAUGCUGAGCUCGUCGACAGGGACGUUGUGCUAACGGCGUACAAGUCAUUCCUAGAGACGAAGCCCGAAAACGCUACAUUGGACAUGGCCAACACGGUCCUCAUCCAUAAGGACUUCAACAUCCUGGACCAGUACAGGAGUGACGUGGUCAAGUACUUCCAAGCCGAGGCAAGGUCCGUUGACUUCGUUCGGGGUGGCUCGAGAGUGACGUCCGAAAUUAACGAAUGGGUUAAAGAAAAGACCAAGGGAAAGAUAUCGAAGCUUCUGGAUGCGGCACUGCCAAUGAACACCGCAGCGUUUCUCAUCAACGCCGUCUACUUCAAGGGAACGUGGGUGACCAAGUUCCAAGCACUUAACACCGAGCCGCUGCCUUUCUACAACCACGGUCGAGACGAGGUGAAUGUGGCCACCAUGUCGCUGCGUCAGUACUUCGGCUAUGCCGAUGUGGACGAACUGGAGGCGAGUGCCUUGGAAGUCCCUUACGCGGGAGACAGGUUCGGCAUGGUCAUCGUGCUCCCGAACAGCAGGACCGGGCUGCCGACGGUCGAAGCCCGCCUGACAACCGGCCUGGUGGACAAGAUCGUGAGCCACCUAACGCAGAGGGAUGUCCACCUGUGGCUGCCCAAGUUCGAGCUGCAUACCGACUACGACCUCGUGGCGCCGCUCCGUAGGCUGGGACUGGAAGGCGCCUUUGGCGACGGUGCGGACUUUUCAGGCAUCAGCGACCGGAACGACUUGGCGGUUUCCGAUGUCAAGCACAAGGCCAUGGUCGAAGUUAGCGAGGAAGGCACUGUGGCUGCUGCCGUCACGUCGGUGCGCAUGAGGUGGACGAAUGCGAGAAGCGUUAGACCUAUGCUUCCCACUCCGUUCCGCGUGGAGCACCCGUUCGCGUUCUUCAUUUGGGACAAAGUGAGCAAGCAAGCGCUUUUCAUGGGGGCGGUUAGGAGUCUCAAGUGAUCAGUCCUCACGCUUACGUAUAACAAAGUGCCUCAAACGUUCCCCAAGAGUGUGUGAGCGAUUCAAGAACUUGAGUUUGUGCAUCUUAAUUGUUAUGCGAGACUCUUCGCUUCGGCGUCGUCGCUGGAAUUCCAUGCGUUGCUUUGGGACUCAAAAUGCAAUCGACCAAUAAAUCGUCUUGUGCGGA